AUGUAUCCAGCCACCCAAAUCGACCUCUUCCAAGGAUGGCCCGCCAUCUCCAUGCUCCCAGUCGACCGACUAAAACAAGCAACUAGCGCCGCACUAUCCGACGAAACAAUAUUCGCAACAGGUCUGGAAUACGGUCCAAAUGAAGGCCAUCUGCCUAUGAGAAAGAAUAUAGCCAAAUGGCUCACCGAAUUCUACGAAACCUCCCACCCCAUCGAUGCAGACCGCGUGUGCAUCACAGGCGGCGCGAGCCAGAAUCUAGCCUGCGUCCUGCAGGUGUUCACAGAUCCGGGACAGACAAAGAUGAUCUGGCUCGUUGAGCCAACGUAUCAUCUUGGGUUCCGGAUUUUUGAGGAUGCCGGAUUCAUGGAUCGACUGCGAGGUAUACCCGAGGACGAAGACGGGUUAGACGUUGCCGCGCUGGAACUUGCUUUGGAGGCUUUUGAGCACGAGAAUCUGGUUACUUCGGGCACAGUUUAUAAGGCUGAAAGACCGCAUGGGAAAAUAUACAAACAUGUCAUAUAUUGCGUUCCGAGCUUUUCCAAUCCAUCGGGAAAGACGAUGCCUCGUGCUCGACGAGAAGAGCUUGUGAGAGUUGCGCGCAGGUUUGACGCUCUCGUUGUGGCGGAUGAUGUAUAUGAUUUCCUGAGUUGGGGCACUGCGCUUGGCUCCCAGAAUUCGGCUCUGCCACGUCUAGUGGAUAUAGAUCGAGUUCUCGACGGUGGGCCACAUGAUCGAUUCGGGAACGUCUUGAGUAAUGGAUCUUUCAGCAAGCUGAUCGGUCCCGGGUGUCGAGUUGGAUGGGCUGAAGGGACGCCGAGUUCCAUCCAUGGUCUUUCUGAGGCUGGUUCAACACGAUCAGGUGGUGCUCCUUCGCAACUGAUGUCGACAUUUGUGAAUGAAAUGCUUGAGGAUAAUUUCCUGCCUGAAUAUGUCAGUCAAUACUUAGUCUCCGACGGACGAAGAAGGCAUUCGCUCCUAGCAUCUGCGAUCAAAGCGCAUCUCGGUCCCUUUGGUGUGACGUUUUCUCCUGAUCCCGAGACCAGCGCCCUAGCCGGUGGAUAUUACAUCUGGAUUCGGCUUCCGGACACAUUGACGUCAACGCAGGUUUGCGAGGAAGCUCUGAAGAAUCAGAACUUGGUUCUGGGUAGCGGUGAGACAUUUGCUGUUCCGGGUGGGAAUUGUUCAGCGGGGGAGUUGCAUCGCAGGUUGAGGCUGUGUUUCAUGUGGGAGGAUGAAGGGCGGCUAGUUGAGGGGGUGGAGAGGCUGGGGCUUGUGAUACAUGAUAUAUUGGGAAAUCAUUUGAGCGAUUGA